GAGCAGGCGCUGGCGCACUGGCCCAAGCGCCGAGCGAGCGAGGGAGAGGCACAGUCAGAGGGAACGCCCGCGCGGGGAGCCAGGGGCGGCCGACCCCGCCGCCGACGCGCCCUGUGGGGACCCGGACCAGGAGGGACCCUGCCCCGGGAAAAGGCUGUGGAGACCUGGGCUCCCACCCCAAUUCAUCCCCCCACACCCCCGCCGCCCCGUGCCACCCUGGUCCGCGCUGGGAACCCUAUCCUGCCCCUCUUGUCGGCCCGGCACUGGCCAGAAUUGCGGGCAUGGCGGUGACGAUGCUGCAGGACUGGUGCAGGUGGAUGGGGGUCAACGUUCGCAGGGGCCUGCUCAUCCUGGGCAUCCCGGAGGACUGUGAUGAUGCCGAAUUCCAAGAGUCCCUCGAGGCUGCCCUGAGGCCUAUGGGACACUUUACAGUGCUAGGCAAAGUGUUUCGAGAGGAGGAUAAUGCCACCGCGGCCCUGGUCGAGCUCGACCGGGAAGUCAACUAUGCUUUGGUCCCCAGGGAAAUCCCCGGCACUGGGGGCCCGUGGAACGUGGUCUUUGUGCCCCGUUGCUCAGGCGAGGAGUUUCUCGGUCUCGGUCGUGUGUUCCACUUCCCGGAACAAGAGGGGCAGAUGGUGGAGAGCGUGGCCGGCGCCCUGGGCGUGGGGCUGCGCAGGGUGUGCUGGCUCCGAUCCAUCGGUCAGGCGGUCCAGCCCUGGGUGGAGACCCUGAGGUACCAGAGCCUGGGCGUGUUUUCCGGGAGGGACCAGCCAGCCCCAGGGGAGGAGUCCUUUGAGGUCUGGCUAGACCACACCACCGACAUGCUGCAUGUGUGGCAGGGGGUCUCGGAAAGGGAGAGGAGGAGGAGGCUGCUGGAAGGCUUGCGUGGGACCGCCCUGCAGCUCGUGCACGCGCUCCUGGCGGAGAACCCCGCCAGGACGGCGCAGGACUGUCUGGCGGCCCUGGUCCAGGUGUUUGGAGACAACGAGUCCCAGGCGACCAUCCGGGUGAAGUGUCUGACCGCUCAGCAGCAGUCAGGCGAGCGUCUCUCAGCUUUCGUGUUGCGGCUGGAAGUGCUGCUGCAGAAGGCCAUGGAGAAGGAGGCCCUGGCCAGAGCAUCCGCCGACCGCGUGCGCCUGAGGCAGAUGCUCACCAGGGCCCACCUUACUGAGCCUCUGGACGAAGCACUAAGGAAGCUGAGAAUGGCCGGGAGGUCUCCAAGUUUCCUGGAGAUGCUGGGGCUCGUUCGGGAGUCUGAGGCAUGGGAGGCCAGUCUAGCCAGGAGCGUGAGAGCCCAGACACAGGAAGGGGCCGGUGCCCGGGCUGGUGCCCAGGCCGUUGCCAGAGCCAGCACUAAAGUAGAGGCGGUCCCAGGAGGUCCUGGCCGGGAGCCAGAGGGCCUCCUCCAGGCAGGAGGCCAGGAGGCUGAGGAGCUCCUCCAGGAGGGGCUCAAGCCGGUCCUGGAGGAAUGUGAUAACUAGGUUGGGGCUGGGGAGGCAGCCCAGCGCGAGUCCUCCCCGGGCAAAUAGGCUCCGAGGGCCCCGGGGCCUCCUCUUCUCAUUUGAUACCAAAUGGGGUGGGGGGAGGCACCCCUCCAGUGCCAGGGGCACAUGCUGUGAACUUCCCGGGAGCCCAGGUUCUGCUCGCUGCUAUCCCACAUCGUGAGCACCACCUCUGCUUUCCUGGCGUAGAUCUAGGCCAGGGGCUGCUGCUUUUUGUGGAGCCGUGUGUGUUCUUCUCUGAGCAGCUCCUCCCCAGAGGGCCCCAGCGCAGUCCCGGGAGAUGGCGGGAAGAAGGCACUAGGGCACAGUGGACACUCAUCCCCUGACCGCGAUGGUGACCGUGACUGCGGGAGAAAGAACAGGACCCGGGAUGGAGUGGGGCUGUCUGAGGCUCCCCAGGGAGCUUUGUGCUUUGGUGUUCCACCCCUGUUGUUACUUGUUACUCAGUUUCCUAGACCUGGGGUGGGUGUUCCCCCAGGAGGAGGGGAGCCCAGACCUGUGUCCUAUGGUGGCCGUUUGCAGCUUCUGUGUUGUGAUUCCCUUCUCUUCAACGGUUUCAGUACGUAUUUCUCUUCAAUAAAUUUCAUUCAGUGUUCCAGCCGGCCUCGCCUCUGCUGUGGGAAACUGCAUAGGGUGCGGGGUGCAGUGUUGGCUGGGGACAAGGUGGGGUAAGGUGCCACAGUGGCCGGGCUAACAUCGGGGUGUGUGGGGGGCUUGGUCCCCGAGGAUCUGUGUGGUCCCCUGGGCUGCACGGUAUGGCAUGGUGGUCUUGAGCAGGGGCUGAUUGGGUUCCCAGGGCACUCUGAUCACCUCCCAGGAGUAGGUGGUUUGGAGGUU